GCUCCGAUUGGCUCUGGGUGCCGCUCAUCCGCCGGGCCGUCCAAUCGCGCCCUCCGCUCCCUCCCCGGCGUCACGGGCGCGCGGACGCCGGGGGUUUAUAGAAGAGCUCGGGGGGCAACUGCUCAGCGGCGGGAGGAGGGCGGCUAGGGUGGGGGUAGAGUUGUGGGGUGCAGCCGAGGCGGUACGGGCGGGCCGCUGCCUCCCUGUUCUCCUGCGGGUAACAGCCCAGUGUCUGGGGGCCCUGUGAAAAGCAGAGCAGCUAUCGAGUCUGCUGGGAUCUGUGGGGGCUGUGCCUUUGCCAUAGGGAAGAUGCCUCAUUGCUAGAUGCCAGACCUGUGUUCAUCUGUGCCAAGCUGCAACCACCAUGGCUAAGUACAAGCUUGUUCUCCUAAGACAUGGGGAAGGAGCCUGGAACAAGGAGAAUCGCUUCUGCAGCUGGGUGGACCAGAAGCUGAGCAGUGAUGGGAUAAGGGAAGCUCAGAACUGCGGCAAACACCUUAAAGCCCUGGGCUUUGAGUUUGACCUUGUCUUCACCUCUGUACUCAGGCGCUCCAUCCAGACUGCAUGGCUGAUUCUGGAAGAGAUGGGCCAGGAGUGGGUCCCCAUUCAGAGCUCAUGGCGACUGAAUGAGCGCCACUAUGGUGCGCUGAUUGGUCUCAACAGAGCAGAGAUGGCUCUGAAUCAUGGGGAAGAGCAAGUGAAAAUCUGGAGGAGAAGCUAUGAUGUUACCCCGCCUCCCAUAACUGAAUCUCAUCCCUACUAUGAAGAGAUCUACAAUGACCGCCGGUAUAAAUGUGGUGAUGUCUCCCAGGAUAAUCUUCCAAAGGCUGAAAGUCUGAAAGAUGUGCUUGAUAGACUCCUUCCCUAUUGGAAUGAAAAGAUAGUGCCAGAACUCAAAAGUGGCAAAAUGAUCCUUAUAUCUGCUCAUGGCAACAGCAGCAGGGCACUGCUCAAGCACGUGGAAGGCAUUUCCGAUGAGGACAUCAUGAAUGUUACUCUCCCCACUGGUGUGCCCAUACUUCUUGAACUUGAUGAGAAUCUGCAACCUCUGGGCCCUCACCAGUUUCUUGGUGAUCAGGAAGCUAUCCAAGCUGCCAUCAAAAAAGUGGAAGAUCAAGGGAAAGUAAAAUCUACUGAGAAGUAAAAUCCUACUGAUGAACACAAUUAUUUUCGAAGUGUAUGGUAGUAAGUGACUUCUGUAUGACUGCUAGGUUGCACUGUGUGAAAGUCUCAAUUUCAAGAACUAAGUAAUUGGAAGAGAUAACUGAGUCUCAGGUUGGCAGAUGAACCGUCUGCCUUUCAGAAACUGGAAUUGAAAUCUCAGCAUGAGGUUAUGGAUACUGAAAAAUGAAAUCGAGAUCAUUUGGGUAAUGGAAACUUGUGGGGCGGUCUGCCCUAGUUCUUGAAUUGAGGAAGGCCCAGGGCAGAAAAAAGGGAUAUGAUAUUGCCAUCUACCCAUAACUAGAGCUGAUCUGUUAAGGGGAAAAGCGCUGUACAGCACCAGCUUGUUGGACUAAUUAAGUCCAGAUUGUUAUAGGCACUGACACUUUUUCACUGACGGAGCGGUGUCAAGUAACAGUAACCCAGUAUGAUUCUUUGUCAAUGGCCAUGGCAGUCCUUCAGAACACUUUCAACUGUACAACCCUCUUUCCUUUGGAGGUCUCCCAAGGCCAGUUCAUGGUCCAGAGGUGAACUUUGUAAUGUGUUGUGACUGUUACAGCUAUCACAAUUCUUACUACACUAUGCUUCAAUUUUUUAAGGAAUCUAGAAGAUAUCCCUCUUUCACCAUCUUUGUAAAGCCUAGCAUGACUGCAUUUUGCAGAUGGCAGUAAUGAGAUUCAACUCAGACUAACCACAGACUAAGUACAAGUUUUCCUGCUCUAUGUUUAAAUGAUAACUUAGUCCUUAAUGAGCAACCUGAAUAGCUUUGAAACAUAAAUAACAUGUAUUAGAGACUUGAUCAGUUGUUAGAAUCAUUCAUGUUUACCUCAGUGAAACUUUAUGUAUGAAACCCCUCUCCAAACUUUCCUGAGUUGCAAGGAACAGAUAAAUCUGUCCCAUAGUGAUACAGCUGUGGCAUUGUUUGUACUGAUUUCUCUGGAGGGCAGGAAGUGAUGGGUAAGAUGUGUAAGGUGUGUUACUGUGGGCAGCUCAUACAGCUAUCAAGCUUAGCAGGGAAGGUUAUGCUGCAGUGCUUGGAAGUAGUUUCUUUUAAAGUUUUCCUCACAGUCAUAGCUGGAUUCCUACAGUGACCUUGCUUCUUUGCUUGGUGCUAGGCAUGAGCGGUUCACUGUUAUUGGGUGUAGUACAGUGUUCAGGCAGGGUAGUUCUGGUUUCACUUGCAAAUGUGAAACUAUUGUUACUUAUAUUUAGGUCUGACUCAAUGUCUCAACAUUUGAGCAUCUGAAUUCUGAUCUCAGUUACCAGCAUGGGUGGCACUUGUAUAUGCAGUAUGAACUGAAUGUGUCCUCAGCAUGGCCCAGCUACAAAUCCAAGAAGCUGAUGAGAAUUUCUUUGCUAUGAUGGUAUAACCACUUUAGAAAUCCUAGAGUAGCUCAUUUGUAGUGAGCAGUUUUGUAGCUUGCUUUGUGAGUGUGAAGAUGCUCUUGCUCUUUGAGGAGAGCAGUGUGAUGGUGUUGUGCUUCUAACAAUCUCCCUGCUAUAUGGAGGGAGCCUUUCCAGGUCAGAUACCAGCUCACCUUAGUGUAGCCUGUACUCCAUGAAAGACUUAUUGGCUAGAUUGUAGCUUCUCUUACCUGAACAAUGCUUGGGCUUCACUUGUUUUAUUUUGUAGCCCUUGCAAUAGGAACAAACUACUUGUUUUUUCUUAAACAUAAAGAUGGUAAUGAUCAUAAAGCUGGUAGGUUGCCUUUUUUGUACAAGUCAGGAUAUUCAUUUUUUCUCUGAAACCCUGUUAGCAGCUUUCCUGCUACUAGAUUUGUGACACUGGUUGACUUCUUUCUGGGUUUUUAGCUUUCUGUGCAUAGUUACUCAUCUUAAUUGAUACUUUGAGUCAGUGUUGUAGAGCUGCAUUGUUGAUCAGAAAACAUUUACCUGUCAGUGCCGUGUGGGAGGACCACUGGCACUGAAGUGAUGAAUGUUUCCUCAAACAUUCAAUAAUGUAUGAAAUCUUCUUACCAAGUAAAAUUCCUUGUAGAAUCAUUAACAAGGCAAACCUAGCCACGUGUCAUCAUUGGGAACUGCAUGCAUCAGGAUGUGUGAGCUUACAGAGCAUGGCUGUGAGUGCCUGUAUCCUUUUGGCAUUGUGGUAUUGUAAUGUAGGACUUCUUGAGGGCUUGAAACAGCUGGGAGUAUAUGUGGAAAAAGUCAGCUGAACUGGGAUAUUCUCUAACAGAAGAGAGCAUUGAUGUUUGAUAUCCUCUGAGAGUGCACUGGGGAAUGGGAAGGUGGAUCAUUGUGAAGAGCAUUUACAUUUCUUUCUGCAGCUGGAUGGAGUUGACUGAAAACAGCCUUUCCAGAUCCAUGGAUGGUAAGAAAAGAACAGUGAUGUUUUCAGGUAGUGCUGUUUCUGCAGUGCUUAUCAAGACAGGAAUAGUGAUGGAAUAGUGAUAGUGCCCUGGGAGGUUGGACUUCAUUUGCUUUGGUUGUGAUGCCAGGAUUUUACAUGUACAUCUGGCAGCAAUACCACCUCCCAAAAGUAUCAGGUGGAACCAACUGGGGAUUUCAUUGUACUCUUUAAGAUUAUUUUAACACCUUGCAGUACUUGUUUCUGAGUAGUCUUGUAAUUAAAUUUGAUUCAUAAAACACAUGUAUAUUGAAAAGAAACCAGCUUUCAACAGUUGCAUCAGGAAGGAUGUCUGCUCUUCAGGCAUAGCUACAUUAGAAGAACUGAGAAUCUUGCUGCUGCUGGCUUUAUAAAUCAGUGGUUGGAAAACACUCUUCUGCAUGUUUGAGUACGCCUCGAAGUCCUGUGGAGGUAACCAGUGUCACUACAAUGGAUGCUAUGGAUGUGGUUGAUUGGAUUGACUUAUGUAUUUUUAACUUGUGGUUCAAUAGCAGUAAUAGCUGUAGAAUAACUUUUGAAAACCUUUUGUAAAGGUUUUCAUGGUAGAGCUGAGAGGUUCUUUAUAACUCAAUAAAUUCACCUGAAAUAGAACUUAA